AGAGCCUGUCGAGAAGCGGAUGUGAGGGAGGACAGUAAAAAGCUCAGGGACCAGGAGAGGGCUUGAUAUAAAGGCUGGCCGAGACGAGCUGCAGUCAGACCAGUGGAGCUCAGCUCAUCUUAAAGCUCACUUCUUUCAACUUCCCUGACCGUAGCUGACACAGCACGUGAGUAACAUAAAGUUCCUUCUUCUUCUGCUGCUGCUGUCUCUCUCUGACUUUCCCUCACUUUCUUUAACUCCUGUCUUUCUCUGUUUGACGUCCGCUUUCCUCUCUCUUACAUUUAUGUCCCCUCACUGUUGUAAGAAUGGCUAGUCCACUCCAGCUUCUUAUCUUGCCUGUCAGUGGAGCAGUAUGUUACUUCCAUGCCCCCCUCUUCCUCCUCCCUCCUCUCUCUUUCCCCUAUCUAUUUGUCAACGUCUCCCUUGCAUAAUGCCAUGGGAUCCCCUUUGUCCUUCUUUCUCGGUUAUUAUUUCCAGCACACACACACACCUCAUGUCAAACACUGUAUGUUGACCUAUUUUGACUGUUGCCUCUCUUUUCCCACUGCUAAAAACUUCAGUGAGUGUCCUGGCCGCAGUGCCACUAACCCCUGUUUAUGUGGCAACCCAGACUCUACUGUAAGUCUCUAUGAACCUAUACUAGUCUAUAUGUAUACUUAUGUACUGUAUGCGUGUGUGUCUGUUUCCAGGAUAGAGCAGUAUGAGCAUGCGCGGAGCAGUGGCAGGUUGCAUGGUGCUGGCGUGCCUUGUGGCGCUGCUGGCAGAGAGGACAGAAGGGCACAUCACCUUCUUCAGCCCAAAGGAGUUGAUGGAGAUGAAGGUAAUAUGCUCUUAUUUGAUUGGAUGAUUUAAGGAAGUAAGAAUGAGUUAUAGCUUAACAGUCACGGUUGACGUGUUGCUCUUCUUCACUGGACAAGCAUGAAAUCAUUUUAUGAUCUAAAUGAAUUCACAACAGUAAGUCCACAAUUAUUUUUGAUUAAUUCGUCUAAAGAAAACGAGUAAAAGUUUUCCUAACUUUAAGGUUAUAAUUUCUGAGGUUUUUCUCCAGGAAAUGGACAGUCUUUGGGUUUACGUUUGGAAAAGAAGUACAACUUUUUCAAUCAGGCCAGGAUUCAAAAACUCUUCGGUAAUCCAAAUUUUAAAAUCCCAAAUUAAAAAAAAAUCCUAAAAUAUAAUUAUUUUAAAAUGCUAGAUAUAGUCUUACCACAUACAAUCAUAAAUACAAAAUCAAAAUUCUCAUAUGAUUUGCACUUUUUAUACAUUCUUUUAGUUAAGUUUGAAUGAUAAUGUUACAUAACAGGCUCAAGUGCUGGAUUCAGACAGGGCCAUAUAAACAUAAGAGGCUGUGCUCAAGUGCACUGCUCAGGAAAUAAUAAACAUUAUUAAUCUGGGAAGACUUUAGGUGACGUAUCCCUUCAUGGUUAUCCACAAUAAAAAAGACAAUGCAGGUUGUAAGAGUUUAUUUAGUCAAAAAGUCUUUUUGGAUAAGUGUCCAUUUGUCUGUUUUGUGUUUGUGUGCCUGUGCUGCAGGAGCGAGAGGACAGAAAGGACAUGGCACCUCGAUCAGAGGACAGUCAGCCUGGAGAUGUGACAACCCCAGAUAACCCUCCAGUGGAAAAUGGUGGAGAUCCUGUGAGCAGACUUCCAUUUAUUCACUCAAUAUUUUAAUGUCAACAAAUAAUAGUACCAUGAAUAAAAACCUGUUGCCACUUUCUUUCUGUGGUUUUAGAACACACCUGAGGUCAGUGGUAUGCUCGUGUCAUCUGAUCAAGUGAUUACUGUGCUCGGUGGGAUAAUCCAUGAACUAGCAAAAGAUCAUCCGAAAGGUACAUAUGAUUGAAAAUGUGGUGACACACAGUGAUUGAAAAAGCCUCAGACUAACAGAGUGACGUCGCUUUAGCUUUAUUAUCAAAAUAUGUGGUUAAAUGUGAUAACAGUUUGAUUAAAACACACUGUUCUCUCACUAUCUCUUUCUUCACAGCCAAAUAGCAAGGCCAUGCACAGGAGGGGAUGAACGCUGUAAAAAUACUUCAAAAAGCACUGAUAUACUUAUAUUUUAUUGUGUUUUACUCAAUCAUUAAAUAAAGGGAAAUUAUUGUGUCACUUUAAAAAGCUUCUGGUGUUGUUUCUGAAUCCGGAUAUCAGCUCAAGUUGGCCACAUGGUGUCAGCAUCACUUAGAAAACUCAGCUCACAAGUUCAUACUUUCUACCUAAGAAUAUAACAUAAUAUUUGCAUAAAUGACAUAAUCUCUGUUGUUACUGCAGAUGUAUAAGUGCAGUUAUUUAGCCUUUCCCUAACUCCAAAUAUGAUAAGAGAUAUAAA